CUAAAGGAAUUUAUUGUUGCGUCUAAAUGGGCUUGGUUUCAUAGCGUCUACGCCGGGCUGAACAUGCUCCAUUAUUCUUCCACCCUCCGCCAAAAGAUGACAGCCUUCUUGUUAGUUUUUUAAGAGCGUUACUUUGACAAAUUGACUCCACCGAGACGCCGGCGGGAAUCUUACUUUCGAUGCAAAAGAGUUUGAGCUUUUCAGCCGCUGUGCAGGCGUCUCAGUACAAUCGUUAAAAGUAUGGCUUCCAAUCAAGACAAGAUCAGGGAGCGUUUGAGGCAGCUUCUGGAAAAACCCGGGAAUGGAAACUGUGCGGACUGUGGAACUGCAGAUCCGAAGUGGGCAUCCUACACCCUGGGAGUGUUUAUGUGUCUCAACUGCUCCGGCCUUCAUAGAAACAUUGCUCAAAUCAGCAAGGUGAAAUCUGUGUUUCUGGAUCCCUGGAGCUCCUCUGAGGUGGAGUUUAUGCAGUCUGUGGGUAACAAUGCGGCCAAGGCCAAGUAUGAACAGAUAGUACCUGCCUUCUUCUACACCCCAACAGACAAAGAUUGCACGCUGCUGCGGGAACAGUGGAUCCGAGCCAAGUACGAGAGGAAGGAGUUCCAGUGUGUGGAGAGGCAGGAGCCCUACUCAGCAGGCUACAGAGAGGGGUUUCUAUGGAAACGAGGCAGAGACAACGGACAGUUCCUCAGCCGGAAAUUCAUUCUGUCCGAACGGGAAGGUGUUUUGAAGUACUUCAACAAGAAUGAUGCCAGAGAGCCCAAAGCGAUAAUGAAGAUCAGCUCUUUGAAUGCCACCUUCCAGCCAACAAAAAUCGGGGUUAACAACGGCCUGCAGAUAACUUAUUUGAAGGACAACAGCACUAGGAAUAUAUUCAUUUACCAGGAGGAUGGAAAGGAAAUGGUGGACUGGUUCAAUGCCAUUAGAGCUGCCAGGUUUCACUACCUGCAGGUGGCUUUUCCAGGAGCUUCCAAAGCUGAUUUGUUGCAAAGGCUAACAAGGAACUACAUAAAGGAAGGUUACAUGGAGAAGACGGGUCCGAAGCACACAGAGGGCUUCAAGAAGAGAUGGUUCUCGAUGGACGACAGGAGGCUCAUGUACUUCAAAGAUCCUCUGGAUGCCUAUGCGCGAGGCGAGGUCUUCAUUGGUAGUAGGGAAAACAGCUACACCGUGCUCCGCGGCCUCCCCCCGAGCAUCCAGGGCUACCAUUGGCAGUUUGGAAUCACCAUAGUUACCCCAGACAGGAAGUUUCUCUGUGCGUGUGAGACUGAAGAGGAUCAGAAAGACUGGAUCGCUGCAUUUCAGACUAUCAUAAACAGACCAAUGCAGCCUCAGGAGUAUGCAGUGGAGGCCUACUUUAAGCACAAACCAUGACUUCGUAGUGUCUGACGACUUGUUGGUGCAGGUAGUGGAGCGGGAAGAAGAGAAGGGCCUGAGAUAUGUUUUUUUCUUCAUAACUGAAGUCUUCAUAAAGACAAAGAAUAAGACCUGAAGGUGAAAUCUUUAGCCUCCCAGCUCCCUCAUCUGUGUGGUGUGACCUACAGUAUAUACUUGAAAGACGUCAGUCAUCUUGACCGUAAUUACAAAAGAUUGCUUGAAGGAAUCGGAAUUGCUGCUGCUCAGAUGUCAAAAUAAGUUUUCUAUGUUGUCAGUAUAAUUACUUUAAAUACUUCAAUGUUUAAUACAACUUUAGUAGCCUUGCAUUUCAACCAACCAGAUCCCUUCUGGACAGUAAUAUGCAAACUAAUUAUCUGACAAAGAACUGUAAUGAUAAAUAAGGAAUAAUACAAACAUGGUCUGUAUAUUCUCUUUUAUUUUCAAGUUGGGGUACAAUAUUUAAUACUCAAUGUAUUUAUUUUCCUAACCGUCUGAUUUGCUAUAUGCAGCUUUUAAUAUACAAGUGCCAAGCACUGCAGGUUUACUUUAUUUUUGCUUUUUAGUUUUACAUAUUCAGGCAGCUUAAUAUUAACUGCUAUGAUUAUUAUUUUUUCAAUUACUUUUAAGAAUUUAAUUCAUUUUGUAAACAGUAAAUAUUGUGAUCCUUUUUUCUAAGUAUUGACUUUCAAGUGAUAUAAUUAUUUAUCCAGCAGAGGGAGACAAAGGACAAGCUUUAAACUUGCUAAGACCUUGAGAGCCUUGAAAGACGCCUUCAUAAAUAAUAUGUAUUAUUAUUUACCCCAUACACGCAAAACUUAAGGUGGUUGUAAUCUCCAUCAACCGGUGACUAAGUGCACAAGAGACAGGUGUGCAGAUGCUUUUGCGCCGUAUUGGGUUGUGGCAGCAAGGUCUUUAUAUAAAACUAAGAGCCCUGUUUUAGUGUCACCAAGCAACACCUUAUUCUCCACCACACACCAUUUUGUUAUUCAUGCUCUGAGAUCACUGCAAAAUUGUUCACGUAAAACUGAAAUAGGGUCAUCAUUAAGGAUAAAAGCCACAUUCCCUGUGUUUUAUUGUAGUUAACUUUCAGUUACAGGAAACAAGUUGCACAUUGAAAAGUAGUGAAACCAAUAAUACAUUACUGUGAACAUCAAGAUUCAAGAAAUAUGAAAAUGUACAGUACACACUGUACAGAGAUUACCAGUUUCUAAACCUAAGAUGAAAUCUACCAAAGCAAAUUGUAUAAAAAGAGGUCUACGCUUCUUUUACAAAGAACAGAUUAAAUCCUGUGAACAGAUUAUAAGAAACAUACGAAAAUUUCAAAAAGCAUGGCACUAUCUACCCCAUUUAUGUAUUCAUGAAUGGGAAAAAAAGCUGCCUACUAAAUGUUACACCCUUUACUACAAAUAAAACGAGAAAUAUACACAUCUGUGUGUCGCAUACAAUACUGUAGGCAACAUACUGUAGGUCUUCAUUUCCCCAAUAUACCCCCAAAAUUGCACACAUACUCGAAUCUACCAUCUAAAGUGCUAUUCGCUGCAGUUACUUUUUUUUUUACAUGCAAAUAAAUGUUUUACAUCAUGUUUGUAAGAGCCUGAUUCAAACAAUGUAACAACUAAAAUACCGAAAUGUUUAAGGUGCUGUGACCCAUGCACUGCCAUGUUUUUGAAUGCUUGUUUGAACUACUGUAUAUUUCAUUAGCAUGAAUUGAAAUCUAAUAAAAUACUUCAACGUG